CUCAAGGUGAGGCAGAUGUUCGACGAAAGACGGCAAACAACGGUGAAAGGCAUCGACAGAAGUUAUCCGCUGGAGCCGUUGGAGAACAAACCGCGGAAACAGGCGAACGGAAACAGCGUGCAGAAGAACGGAAAUUUGAUGGUGAACCGACAGUCCGUGACUGUGAGGCGGGUAGCCCGGGCUGACGUGAACAGCAAUUUGAACGGUGGCAAACCGGUCGUCUCGUAUCACGAGGAAAUCACUCGAGAAUCGUUCGGCCCGUCUGCACGCCAGCAUCAAGGAGACGACGAGUUUGGAAACGAGAACCACGUCGGGCGAUAUACGAACGGCAACCAUCGAGACGGGAUACACAUUGAGGAAGUUUUGGACGAAGAUAUAAUAGAAAGGAAUCGCAUGAUGGCGAAACUUCACCUGAUGGAGUACGACGAAUCGCUAAAGCAUCGCGUUAAAAACGACCUCGAGAGCGAGGAAUUCCCGGAGGACUUUAUGGUGGAUGUUCCUGACAAGCUUCCAAAACAAAGUGUUACCAAGAAGUUAUCUCAAGCGGAGGCCAGGUUGGAGCGUUUUAAAAACGCCAACGUGAAGCGUGGUAGCUACGUUACGAAGAACCCAACUAUCGCCCCAAAGAAACGAUCUGACCCAAUAUUUCCAGCAAAAUCUACUUCCAGUGAGGAUCGAGCGACCAAGACCAGGUCGUACGAGGUUUCCGAUAGAAGAAAGAAAGGUCCAGCGAGUAACAAGUUGAAAGUGGAGACCCUAAUCCCCGAAAUCACGGGAGAAACGCUAUCGCCGGAUUCUGCGAGGUACGUGAGACGAAGAGACGAUAAUCCACGAUUCUUUUGCAAAGAGUCUGAGAAGUCUGCUACCACGUACGCGAUUGAUUCGAGGACUGCGAAGAAAUUAUCGCCCGAGUUGUCGAAAGAUAGAAUGGAAAGAAGCGACAUGUCGAAGAGUUUCACAGUCAGUGGGGAAUUUGAAAAGUAUCCGACAGACUUGAAUGCCACGAGGACAUCGACGUUCAAAUCGCUUGAAGAUGGAAUGAGAAGAAGGCAGAGUCCCAAAUUAUUUCCCGAAGAAAAGUUGACCGCGAGUUCUGCGAUUGAUUUGAAAAAUAUCAAGAAAUUGCCUUCCGUGAUCUCGAGAGAUGUGAAAGAACGAGGCGAGAGUCCGAAAUUUUUCUGCAGAGAGUCUGAGAGAUCGGCCACCACUUACGCCGCUGAUCCAAAGACUAUCAAAAAAUUCUCUUCGGAAAAAUCAGCCGCGACUCGCGCGAUCGAUCCGAAAUCUGCAGAGCGAUUGAUCCAAGAAGUUUCGGAAGUCGUGAAGAACGUUAAACGACGAAGCGCGAGCCCAAAAUUCUUUUGCAAAGAGUCCGAGAAAUCGGCUACUACUUACGCAAUUGAUCCAAAGACCGCGGACAAAUCAACCCGAGUGUCGUUGAGAGACAUGAAAGACGUUAAAAGCCGAAGUGAGAGCCCAAAAUUUUUUUGCAAGGAAUCGAGAAAAUCCGCCACGACGUAUGCGAUCGAUCCAAUGGCCGCUAAAAAGUUUUCUUCUGGGAGUUUAAGAGAUACUAAGGAUCGAGCUGAUGGUCCAAAAUUUUUUUGCAAAGAAUCUGAAAAGUCCGCCACCACUUAUGCUAUAGACUCGAGGAGUCCUUCUGUCUCUCCUGUUUCUACGAAAAACAGAGAACGCUCUGUCUCGAAAAUGGAGAAAUCAAAAGGCGAAAAAGAUACAAUAAAGGAAUCUAUGAACGACAAGAUAAAGAGACACAUUAAAUCUCUCAAACACGAUGAAAUUAAGAGAUCUACUUUUCCGAAAUAUCUGAAACACAAUACGACAGGUUACGCAAAACCGAACUAUCCAAAAGGAUCUAAAUCUACCCUGUCUAAAUCGUCCAGCUUUUCAACGAGAGAACGCAGCUCGAGUCCUCAUUUUUUUUUUCGUGAAGGCAGAAAGUCGACCAGGAAAAAAAGUAUCGACCACAAAGACGCCAAAUUCAUUUCUACAUUCCCAAGUUUCAGCGAGAAAAAUAUAAAGAAACGUAGUGAAAGUCCAAGGAUCGCCUCUGUCAAAUCAAAAUCGCCAGACUUUACGAAAUUAUCGUGCAGAAAAUCCAGCACAAGUCCACAGUACUUGUCAGACUCUGACAGAUCUACCACCUUCAUGAUGGUGACACCGAAAACGAUAACAAAACCGAGAACAGAGUUCGCGUGCUCGAAAAGUCGAGAACAAAGCCCUACGUUGUCCGUUUCCAAAUCGAAGAACGCUGUUACGGGUGUGCUGGCAGAACCAAAAAGGAAUGAUUCGUCGAUGGAGAGCUACGACGAAAGUUCGAGACAGUUCAUUCGGAGCUCGGUGUCGCGAUUUUUCUCGGAGCAGUGCGAGAAAGCGACGGGAAACGCUGCCGAUGUAAGAAAGCACGUUCAAUCAGCGAAAAUCGACAAGAAGGGUUAUUCGUCGCGUGGCUCGUCCCCAUUGUCGCUGAAAGACAUGAGAACACUGAGUCCAACGAAGCCGCAAUUUUAUCGCGGACGUACCGAGAAAGCUGACAGGAGAACGAACGUCGAUACAGACAGCAGUCGUGACUCGUCGCCUAAGUAUCGGAAAAUCGUGGACAGCGGAGAAGAAACUCCAGAAUUCGUCCGUCGCGAAACAGAAAAUCCCGCCGCCACUGUCUGCCGUCACGGGACCAGAAUUUCCAGAAAUGUGAUCAAGGGAUCAUCCGAGGGUCCAAAAUCGAUUAAGCAAGCAGUUUUGCGUGAAAUUGUAACGAAAACGAAAAAUCUGUUGAAUAACGUGAAAAAUAAAUCGUCGAGGAGUCCCAACAACUUGACUGCUAGAGACAGCAAUUCGACGAGCAAAGACAAGAAUAUGUUCAAUCGUAGAGGAUCUAGUAAUACGCUACGUUCGACAAAACUGAUUCGUGACGCCGCUAAAGGCGAUUCAACUACUAAAAACACGAAUCCGCUUAAUCGCAGGGGAUCUAGCAAUGUUUUAUGUUCGACGAAAUUGAUUCGUGACGCCUUGAAGCGUCAGAACGGUCGAAAUCGAGCAACUCCUGCCACGGAAAAAUCGCGGAGUUCCUCUGAGCACGCGAGUGAAAUAUCGAGCGAAUGGGAACAGCGAUCGAGAGCCGACAGGGUGCAGGAAGUGACGACAGUGACUAAGAAAGUUGACGAAAGAGCUAGGACGUCGACUGUUGGCGAACUUUCAGCCGCGAGAUCGAGUCUGAGAAGUUGCACGUCCGCGCAAAUGGACACGGACGUUCGUGAAAUCGUUAUGCCUGAUCAGUGCAUAAAACAGGAGAAGCUCCGAGGUACUUACUCGAGAUCGAGCAACAAAACAGCCGGUGAGAGGCCGGGCAGCGAAAAGCUGUUCACGUAUUCCGUGCGCAAGCCGGUCAAACGGAGAGUAUCCUUGCUCGAGUCGAACAUAUUCGAACGAUCAGUAAAAAAUUCGAGAGAGGAGAAGCCGAUUAGCUCGAGAUACAAAUCGCCAAAUGCGUCUUUGAAGAGGGAGACGGUCGUUGGUAGCACAAAGAGUCAAACAACGAGCGAGAGGAAUACUUUGAGAUCUGUAGGACGAACAGCAAGUUCGAUUCAGACUGGAGAGAAAAAUAUGACUUCGAGCAAGUCGUGUAUGACGCAGUCGAUUAAUCGCGAUCCGAAACGAAGAAUCGAGGGAAGUACGAAUCGAAGAAGCGAAACUAAAAUUUCGAGAGUUGGAGGGCGAACGUCGAGUCUCACAUUCGAGAUUCAAGAAAAAAAGGGGGAGGUGAAUUCGACGGAGAAAGAAACGAGAACAUUGUCUGAACAGGUACACAUUUUGAAAUCGGUCAGUCUCGUUCAAAAUGUUACGAAAGAGCCCGAUUUUACCGAAAAAUCUCGAAAAUUGAUUGACGAAACGAUACCCGAUGGCACAGUUGCAGAGAACCAAAUUACGAAAAGUGGUGCCAUUUUGUCGAUGAUCGAUAUCAAAGAACCGGAGCUCAUUGUAUUUUCUCUACCGUUGUCUAAGAAUUACGAGAGAACGGACUCGGUUGAAUCGGCAUUGAGACGUUUCGAUUCUAUCGGAAUGGAGACUGGAUCGAUUCGAGGCACUUCGAAACGAAGCGCCGAAUCAAUAGCAGAAAAAAGACAAACGAAGUCUGGCGAGACCGCUGGUUUCGCGGAUGACUCGAGGACAAUUUCUCUGGAAGCACUCGAUCGACCAGAUGUAAAUCUAUCUUCAACUUCGAGAACAUCUACGAACACGGAAGCUGGAAGACAGAGGGUACCGCGAGGAACGUCAGAAAGAAAGAAUGCUCAGAAAAAAUUGGAGGGAACCAGCGACUCGAUGGAGACGACUGGAAUUGCCAUGAGAUCGAGAUCGCCUUCGUGCAGGCGAAAGCUUUUCCAGGACGGCGAUUCCAACGAGGCGACCGAGACCGGAAGCACCGCGUCGAGAACCGUGAAACAUCUCUCUACGCUGUUCAAUAAGAACGAAACGCCAGGCUCGACGAACACGGCGUCCAAACGCUUCAAAUUCUCCGCUAGCAAUGAGACGUUGACUGAGAUGAUGGACAAAGGGGGAACAGAUCAAGCGUCAACAGGUGUAGAUCGUUCCGUGAAACAGCUGAGAUCGAUCGAGGAUAUUCGUAGGUCCAUCGAGGACGAAAGUUCGGAUCGUAAAAGGGGGAAAACGUCGGCAAAGUCAGCGAUCGUAGGGAACGCGUUGAGAGAUUUAAGCGUGGCGAAAGCAACGGCACGAUCGGUGCCCCGUCGAAUAAAUAUCGAUGAUCGCGCUGGAAAUAGAAAAGAGAUAUCUUUGCCGAGACGGUCGGGGAACGUUACCGCGAGCAACGACGCUUUAGGGGAUACAGGGCGUUCGUCUGUAAAGUGUACGAUGCGUUUCUCCAGGAUGGCGAAAAGUCCAAGCCCGGAGACAACUAAGGCGACGGAAACGAGCACCCGUGCGAGAAGAACCGUCCCAGCCCCGCCGUCCACGGUCGCUAGGCGUCCGUCGACCGAGUUGAAAGCUCAAGACAUAAAGUCGACGAAACGGUCAACGCCUAUGAAAAGCACCGAGCCAAUUGGAAACAGGAAAAUGACGACGACAAGCACGACUACGAAAAAGUCGACGGAUGUCGUCGAUGACGCUAUUCUCGAGAACGGUCUGCAUUUAAGAGAUCAAACUUCCGAAACAAAAUACGAUAACGACUCGCUUACAACGAAGAAAAACGAUGCUUUUGUCAACGACUUCGACGAGCAACCGCCGAAGGAAAACGAUGCACCACUUCCACGGAAGUCACUCUUACGAAAACAAUCCACCGAGAAACAGAUUACUUCCGCGCAAUCAGCUCGACCUCCAUCGUCAGUUUCGUCCAUCUCUAGCGGUAGUUCCAUGCAGGGUCAGACUUCCGGUUUGAAAAGCAAAAUGGCUUUUAGAGCAAAGACACCAAUUUCUGGUUCAACAUCGUACAAAGGAUCAGCUUCUAGCAAAACCGGAUCAGCUGCAGCAACCGACGCUCUGGUCCCUUGCAAAAUGUGUGGUCGCCGCUUCGCUCAAGAUCGAAUAACUCUUCACGAGCAAAUUUGCACAAAAACGAUGCAAAAAAAGAGGAAACAAUUCGAUACGGUGAUGUAUCGCGUAAAAGGCACCGAUCUUGAGCCAUUUGUCAAAAAAGGACUUGCCAAAAAGCAACUGGAGAAAUCGAAGAAACCAGAGGUGAAGUCGAACUGGCGGCGCAAACACGAGGAUUUCAUUAACGCCAUACGCUCGGCCAAGCAAGUGCAAGCACACCUGGCCGCAGGAGGCAAGCUCAGCGAUUUACCACCGCCACCGGUUAGCGAUAACUGCGAUUACAUUCAGUGUCCCCAUUGCGGAAGAAAAUUCAAUAAGGCCGCCGCCGAGCGUCACAUUCCCAAAUGCGAGCACAUGUUGCAUAAUAAGCCAAUACACUUGCGUGCGCCGAAACCGAAGCGUUAAUUCUCCCAGAAUCAUGUCUCCUAAAGCGAUUCUUUUAUAUACACCGAACAAGAACAAGAUAGAUAAAAGUGCCUUUAUUUUCGGGAAAAUGAAUUUCAAAUAAAAUCUUUCAAAUGAAUUUGAAGAAGAAAAGGAAAUUGAAGCGUGAGGUGUGACAUUAUAUAAAAAUAAACUACAGAACUAAUUGUGAUAGUUUUAAUAGAGCACAGCUUUUAUAAAAAUAUCUUGCCUCUAUUUUGUUCAUGAUCGAGCAUGACGUUGAUUACGAAUUCUUGAAGAAUUUUGUAUGGAAGCUUAUACAUACAUAAAUGAAAAAAUGGACCAUCGAAAACAUAGAGUACACGAAGCAUUUGUAAAAUUUGUCGAUUUCUUGCGUGUAUUUUGGACAAAUGUAUUUUUUAAUCACACUGAAAUAAAGUACGAAUUUUCUCUA